GACCUUCGUGUUCUCCCUCAGUCAUCAAGAUGCAACAAGUUCCUCUGGUAGCAGCGAAUGUCGCGACCGUCUUCAUGGAGAGCUUCCUCUACGGCAUCUUCUUCGUGCUCUCCGUGUCGUCCAUCUAUCUCUUGGUGCACCGCCAAAGGCAACUGCUGCAGCCGACGCUCCCACACCUCGCCACCGCAUCUGUGGUGUUCAUGCACCUCUGCAAGACACCCAUGUUCCUCGGGGCGAUCGCGCUGUCGGUAACGAUCACUGCGCAUUGGAUACUCACGUGCAUCCGCACGUUCCAAGCGUUCGUAUACUUCGAGGGCGGAACAGAUCCCAUAGCGUUCUACGGGAACCUCAAACAGCUCACGGAGGUCGUCAAAACGGGAUUCUUGAUGGCCUCGUUGAUCAUUGGCGACACCAUGGUUAUCUAUAGGCUAUGGGUCGUAUGGAACCGUCGCACGGCCAUCGUGAUAUUCCCGCUAUGCACGCUCGCGGGACUCACAGUAUGCGGCAUCGGCAUAACCUACCAGUUCACUCAGUACUAUCCCGGGGAGAACGUGUUCGUGUCCCAAGCCGGUCGUUGGAUCACUAGCGACUGCGUAUUCACACUUUGCACGAACGUCUACAGCACUGCCAUGAUCGGAUAUCGCGUCUGGACAUCACGGCACGUCAAACUCUACAGCGGGACCAACCUUGUCAACGUAUUGACAACCUUCAUAGAAAGCGCCGCUCUCUACACGGCGUGGACGACGUUUUUCUUCAUCUCGUACCAGGCCAACUCCAACCUGCAGUUCACAGCGGUCGACACCUGGUCGGAGCUCUCCGGCAUAUCGUUCAUGCUCAUCAACGUCAGAGUCGGACUGGGCUGGGCGCAAACGGGCUCGCGCAUCCAGUACGACUCCCAUGCUGGGUCAAAUAGGACGACCAACCGCACGGACGAGUCAUCAGGGGGUUCGUACCAGAUGCGCCCGCUCGCCGUGAAGAUCACUAGCGUGGUGGACCAUGACGACGACCUCAAGGCGAAGUGCGCGGAGAGCGAUGGUGGAAGCUUCAUUCCGAGUUCUCAAUGAUGCACGUUGCGGCGAAUCGCCCUAUGAUUUUGUGUACUUCACUUAUUGGUUGAUUAUACAGUGCCGCGCACCGUUUGGCACUGUGGUCGUGCACGCAGCCAGGUGAUCGUUGUUGCUGUCCUCGGAUGCUCUCGUGGACAAAAUGCUGUCUCACGUACAUCACGACAUAAUAUUUAGUCCGAUAGAUACAGCACAUAUUCAUAUCCGAACUAUGGUCAGCC